CACUCCAUACUCUCCAUGCAUUCCAUGUAUCUCUCUGUGGUUAGCUGGGUUGCUCUUCUUCUAGAAGGCGCUGCAGCCGCACCGACAUGGGGCACCGAGAUCUUCGCAGUCAAGGAAAGACACAUUAUACCUCAAGGUUGGACCAGAAUAGCCUCCCUUCCCGAUUCUCAUCUCAUCGAUCUUCGCAUUGGCCUCCAUCUACAGAAUCCGGACAUUUUCCAACGACGUGUUAUGGAAGUCUCAGAUCCAUCUCACGCGCGCUAUGGCCAAUACCUUUCCGCCGCUGAGAUUCGAAGCAUUGUUGCGCCCUCAGAGCAAAGCAUUGAUAUGGUUCAAAGCUGGCUUUCAGACCAUGGUAUCCAUAACACUACACUCACUUCAACAGGUGACUGGAUCAACGUGCGCUUACCUGUUCGCAAGGUUGAGACCAUUCUGAAUACUACAUAUUCUAAGUAUGGUCACAACGAUGGCUCGAUAUUGGUUCGAACUCCAGAGUGGUCCUUACCUAAGCAUCUGCACAAACAUAUCGAUGUCAUUCAGCCCACAACAUGUUUCUUCCGGCUCUCCAAGCAUACAUCUUCGAUCAUCACGCCUUGUGAGAUCAACGUAGUGUGUAAUGUCACUGGCACCAAUUCUGCAGGCGCCACUGUCACUGCCACAACCCUCGAGUGUUUGCGUUGCCUGUAUGGGACGAUCAAUUACGUGCCAAAAGUACCCCAGAGAAACAUGAUCGGUGUUACGAAUUACCUAAACGAGACACAAAAGCGAUCUGAUAUCAAAAUCUUUCUCCAGAACUUUCGUCCGGAAGCAGUAGGGGUUGCGGACACGUUUCCGAUUAUUAACAUCGCAAACGCUCAAAACCAGCAGGGAUCUCUAGACGCCGAUCAACUCGACGCUGGACUCAACAUCGAAGGUGAUCUCGAUGGCGAGUUGGCCAUCGGCAUUAGCUGGCCAACAAGAUUCAUGUCAUGGUCAACUGGCGGAUCGCCACCCUUUUUGAGUGAUCUCGCCACUCCUACAGAUACGAACGAGCCUUACCUCGAAUGGCUCAAUUAUGUUCUGGCACAAGAGCACUUGCCUCAAGUGAUCAGCACUUCCUACGGCGAUGACGAACAGACGGUGCCAUACUCAUAUGCGAAACGAGUGUGUGAUGGGUUCCAGCAACUUGGUGCCCGCGGAAUCUCAGUCAUCUUCGGUAGUGGUGACUCUGGUGUGGGCGCUGACGGAGCUUGCUUCUCAAACAGUAAUACCUCCCACGCCAUGUUUCUUCCCACCUUUCCUGCAUCUUGCCCUUGGGUCACAAGUGUAGGUGGUACGCAGGGGUUCCAGCCUGAGAUCGCAGUGACACGGUUCGGGAGUGGUGCUGGCUUCUCCAAUUACUUUCUCGUUCCAGCAUAUCAGGCCUCUGCUGUCGAUAAGUACAUCAACAACAUAGGAGAUCUUUAUGCAGGACUGUAUAAUCGGACCGGCCGAGGUUACCCAGACGUUGCGGCCCAAGGUAAUCACGAUGUAAUUGUCUGGGAAGGCAAUGUCACCACUAUCGGAGGCACGAGUGCAUCUGGGCCUACUUUUGCAGCAAUCAUUGCUCUAGUGAAUGAUGCACUCAUUGCAGCUGGCAAGCCCGCCCUUGGAUUUCUGAACCCAUGGAUAUACGGUGGAGCUUUCGCUGCGCUUACUGACAUCACGACUGGAUCCUCGAUUGGUUGUGAUACCCCCGGAUUUCCAGCUGCGGUCGGUUGGGAUGCCGUAACCGGCUUCGGUACUCCGGUGAUUGAAGCUGUCCCUACCAUCAUUGACACCUGCUGA